CGAAUGUAUACAUUGCAAGCUGGCACCCAGUGAGGGGGUGGAGCAAUUAGUUAGUAGGCAGGGUAUAGAUGGGGAGGGAGUGCACCAUAUGACAACAUGAACAGCUCACCCAGUCUGGUGCCAUCAGUCUGGAUAGACAUCAGGAAGGAGGGACCGGCGAACACAUCUGACAUAUUACACACAUACACAAAACACACACCGGGCAUCUGAUCCGCUACAUGCAAACACACACAGGGGCUGAGCGUCUGUUGUGUUACCCACACAAUGGAUCAGCUGUAACACACACUGCGCCGCUGGAAUACACCGGACACUGCACGCGCGGGGAAGCUGGCACACGUCGCACAGCUUCGGGAAACCGUUUGCCUAUAGGCGCUGCACAUAUAGGAUCUCUACAUGCCCUUCCGUGUGUACCCAGCAUGACCGAUCGCUUGUCUGCCAAGGCGCACACCAUGAUGGUGCUCGGCAUCUCCUCCUGCAUUACUGUAUAGGGCAAGGCAGCGAUUCUCACACUCAGGACGCGGCCAAGUGUGCAGGAGGGGCUGUGAUUGCACACAGCAGGCUUAGCAUUAGCGCUCAUCUCCGCACACACACACAUAUUUACACCAGGGUUGAGCUCGGGCUGGAGGCCUGGCCUCGCGUCUUGGCUCCUUCCCGGUCUAUGAGUCCUGAUCUGCCCCGCAUACAUCCCGGGGAUCUGCCUUCAUGCCCCCGCGCCAUGUCCGGGAAGCAUUACAAGGGUCCUGAAGUCAGCUGCUGCAUCAAGUACUUCAUCUUUGGCUUUAAUGUCAUCUUCUGGUUUUUGGGGAUUGCUUUCCUUGGAGUUGGACUGUGGGCAUGGAGUGAAAAGGGUGUGCUGUCCAACAUCUCCUCCAUCACUGACCUUGGAGGCUUUGAUCCUGUGUGGCUCUUCCUGGUGGUUGGAGGAGUCAUGUUCAUCCUGGGAUUUGCGGGGUGCAUUGGAGCACUUAGGGAGAACACCUACCUCUUGAAGUUUUUUUCAGUGUUCCUGGGUAUCAUUUUCUUCUUGGAACUCACAGCUGGCAUUCUAGCUUUUGUCUUUAAAGACUGGAUUAAAGACCAGCUGAAUAUAUUUAUAAACAGCAACAUCAGGGCGUAUCGAGACGACAUCGACCUGCAGAACCUUAUCGAUUUCACACAGGAGUAUUGGCAGUGCUGUGGGGCAUUCGGACCCAAUGAUUGGGACUUAAACAUCUACUUCAACUGCACGGAUACUAAUGCCAGCAGAGAGCGAUGUGGGGUGCCCUUUUCUUGUUGUACUAAAGACCCUGCUGAGGACGUCAUUAACACUCAGUGCGGCUAUGAUGUUAGACAAAAGCCAGAACUUGAGCAGCAAGUAACUAUACACAUAAAAGGCUGUGUUCCCCAGUUUGAGAAGUGGCUACAAGACAACCUCACCAUUGUGGCUGGUGUAUUCAUUGGGAUCGCACUAUUGCAGAUAUUUGGUAUAUGCUUGGCUCAGAAUCUGGUGAGUGAUAUUGAAGCUGUCCGAGCCAGCUGGUAGAAGCAUCUGUCUGGAAAUAAAGAGCUAUGUACAAGACACUGGAAAACAGAUACUCUUCAGAGUUACAGCUCAAUGUUGGCGCCUGUUUUAUGGCCAGGGCCAAGAAUACCCUGAACUGAUUUGAGCAGCAGAGAAGGAGUUCUUGAGCAUUUUCUGGAGCUGAAACCAUAAUGCCACAAGUAAACAGUUUAUUUGCCAUAGUCUUUUACACUGCAGGAUUCAUUGCUGAUUUCUCUUUCACAGGCUAGUGAAUGUGAAAACAGAUGACCCAAGAGUUUGUAUUAUAGUUUUGAUUGCAUGUGGAUCUUUUUUUUUUUUUUUUUUU